GAGCGAUCCCAGCGAAGUCAUGGGUCACGGUGAGCGCGACUCCCAGUGAGAGUGUGGAUAGUGAGCUGCGCUGCACCAUCUGCCUGGGCACAUUCGUCUGCCCCUCCACGAUGAGCUGCGGACACUCGUUCUGCCUCCGGUGCCUGGAGGCCGCCUGGGAGACGGCGAGCAGCUUCAGCUGCCCGCAGUGCCGAGCGACCUUCCCUGUGCGACCCCAGCUGAGGAGGAACGUGGCCCUCGCCAACCUGGCGGAGCAGCUCAGAGUUGGAGACGGGAUGGCCGCGGCCGUCGUGUGUGACAACUGCAGUGAUGGCCAAACUUCUGCAGCGAAGACCUGCCUGAGAUGUGAGAUGUCCUACUGUGCGAGGCACGCAAGGCCUCACUUGGAGAAUCCCAGGCUGAGAGACCACGUCCUGGUGGCUCCCACUGCGAACCUGGAGGAGCGACGGUGCAGCGAGCACAGACAGGAGCUCAUUCUUUACUGUGAACAGGAUGAGAUCCCGGUCUGCCUAGUCUGUGCCGUCACUGGGGACCACUCCGGGCACAGAGUCAUCACAGUGGAAAGAGCGCAACAGACAAGACAGGAGGAGCUCAGAGUCAGAAAGGAGGGUAGAGAGGAGAAGAGGAACACGGCGGCGUCACGGACACGGACCCUCAGGGACGACUUCUGGCGCGUGGAGGAGUCUGUGCGUGGGAUCAAGGCGCGGAUCAGCAGAGAGUUUGAGCGCCGAAGGGAGCAGCUGAUGGAGGAGGAGAGGGAGGCGCUGGAGCGCGCGGACGAGGAGGGCCGCUCCGUGCUGUCCCGCAUCCAGGCGGACAUUGCUCGCUACGAGAGCAGAGCACGCGGCCUGGAGCAGGAGAUCAACCAGCUGCGCGCCGCCCUCGCCAUGAAGGACCCGCUCUCCUUCCUGCAGGAUCCCCUGCAUGAGAAUCUCAGGAUCUUGGACGCGCAGGGAAUCCAGGAUGCGCCUCCUCCCACAUUUAGUCCCCAAGAGCUCACAGAGGCCAUCUCACUAGGAGGAGUGAAUACGAUGCGCGUGGCCCUCUUGUAUGGAUGCUCACCGACUCUGGACACAAACUCAGCCUACGACCGCCUCCAGAUUUCGUCGGAUCUCAGGACGGUGACGCGGAGCGAUGACCCCCAGGGUCGCCCACAACACCCACACCGCUUUGAGUGGUGGUCACAAGCCCUGUGCUCUGAGAGCUUCUCGUCGGGUCAGCACUACUGGGAGGUGGACGUGGGGAGCGCGAGGCUGUGUCGGGUUGGAGUCGUAUACGGGACGAUCCCACGGAGAGGGCGUGGUGCUGAGUGCAUCCUGGGAGUGAGUGGCGUCUCCUGGUGUCUACAGAAACGUGGCGCCAGCUUCUCAGUGCGGCAUGACGGGGUAGAGACCUCACUGUCGGUGCCGGAGCCUCCGCGGAGAGUCGGGGUUCAUCUGGACUGGGACGCGGGGCUGCUGUCAUUUUAUAGCGCUGAUUCCAUGGCGCCGUUGCACUCGUUUCACAAAACCUUCGUUCAGCCACUAUAUCCUGCGCUGGGAGUUGGGGGGUGGGGUGAUGAUGAUGCCUCAGUGAGGAUUGUGAAUCUGAGUGGUGCGUCCUGAGACAGGUGAACGUGAACAGCUCAGAGGGCAGACGCCACGACGCACGGCGCUCGCCACCCUCGUCACCGUCACGUGCAGUGCCACGCCCGUGGCUGGCUGGUGGCUGUCGGUGGCUCGGGGCUGCGUGGCUCUCCAUCACAACGGGGGGGCUGAG